GAGGCGGCGCCAGGGCGGCCGCGGAGAAACGUGACACACCAGCCCGCUCCGAGGGGUUUCGGACAGAAGGGAAGGAGCAGCGCCGCGUCGUCCGCCUCCCAGCGCGCCGCGGGCACUUCUCCCCGGCCUCCCCGAACUCUCCCGCGACCUCUGCGCGCCCUCAGGCCGCCCUCCCCGCCGCGGGCUCCGGACAACUUCAGGGGUGGGGUGCAAAGAAAGUUUGCGGCUGCUGCCGCCGGCCUCCCGCCUCUCGGCCUAGGAGGCUCGCCGCCCGCGCCCGCCCGCUCGGCCUUGCCAGGGACCGCGUCCCGCCCGGAGACCGCCACCAUGAACAAGCUGUACAUCGGCAACCUCAACGAGAGCGUGACCCCCGCGGACUUGGAGAAAGUGUUUGCGGAGCACAAGAUCUCCUACAGCGGCCAGUUCUUGGUCAAGUCCGGCUAUGCCUUCGUGGACUGCCCCGACGAGCACUGGGCGAUGAAAGCCAUCGAAACUUUCUCCGGGAAAGUCGAAUUGCAAGGAAAACGCCUAGAGAUUGAACACUCAGUCCCCAAAAAACAAAGGAGUCGGAAAAUUCAGAUUCGAAACAUCCCACCCCAGCUCCGUUGGGAAGUGCUGGACAGCCUGCUUGCUCAGUACGGUACAGUGGAGAACUGCGAGCAAGUGAACACCGAGAGUGAGACUGCGGUGGUGAAUGUCACCUAUUCCAACCGGGAACAGACCAGGCAAGCCAUCAUGAAGCUGAAUGGCCACCAGCUGGAGAACCACGCCUUAAAAGUCUCCUACAUUCCUGACGAGCAGAUAGCACAGGGUGCUGAGAAUGGGCGCCGAGGAGGCUUUGGCUCUCGGGGUCAGCCCCGCCAGGGCUCCCCUGUAGCAGCGGGGGCCCCAGCCAAGCAGCAGCAAGUGGAUAUCCCCCUGCGGCUCCUGGUGCCAACCCAGUACGUGGGUGCCAUCAUUGGCAAGGAGGGGGCCACCAUCCGAAACAUCACGAAACAGACCCAGUCCAAGAUAGAUGUGCACAGGAAGGAGAAUGCAGGCGCUGCGGAGAAGGCCAUCAGCGUCCACUCGACCCCUGAGGGCUGCUCAUCUGCGUGUAAGAUGAUCUUGGAGAUUAUGCAUAAGGAAGCAAAGGACACCAAAACGGCCGACGAGGUUCCCCUGAAGAUCCUGGCCCAUAAUAACUUUGUGGGGCGUCUCAUUGGCAAGGAAGGGCGUAACCUGAAGAAGGUGGAGCAGGACACAGAGACAAAGAUCACCAUCUCCUCGCUGCAGGACCUCACCCUCUAUAACCCCGAAAGGACCAUCACUGUGAAGGGGGCCAUUGAGAACUGCUGCAGGGCCGAGCAGGAGAUCAUGAAGAAAGUCCGGGAGGCCUACGAGAACGAUGUGGCUGCCAUGAGUCUGCAGUCACACCUCAUCCCCGGCCUGAAUUUGGCGGCUGUAGGUCUGUUUCCAGCCUCGUCCAGUGCGGUCCCGCCACCUCCCAGCAGCGUCACCGGGGCUGCUCCCUAUAGCUCCUUUAUGCAGGCUCCGGAGCAGGAGAUGGUGCAGGUGUUCAUCCCGGCGCAGGCAGUGGGUGCUAUCAUCGGGAAGAAGGGACAGCACAUCAAACAGCUCUCCCGCUUUGCCAGUGCCUCCAUUAAGAUUGCUCCUCCUGAAACUCCUGACUCCAAAGUUCGUAUGGUCAUCAUCACUGGACCCCCAGAGGCCCAAUUUAAGGCUCAGGGAAGAAUUUAUGGAAAACUCAAGGAGGAGAACUUCUUUGGUCCCAAGGAGGAAGUAAAGCUGGAGACCCACAUCCGGGUGCCGGCGUCAGCUGCUGGCAGGGUCAUCGGCAAAGGCGGCAAAACGGUGAAUGAGUUGCAGAAUUUGACAGCAGCCGAGGUGGUGGUGCCAAGAGACCAGACCCCGGAUGAGAAUGACCAGGUCAUCGUCAAGAUCAUCGGGCAUUUUUAUGCCAGCCAGAUGGCCCAGAGGAAAAUACGAGACAUCCUGGCCCAAGUUAAACAGCUGCACCAAAAGGGACAGAGUAACCAGGCCCAGGCACGGAGGAAGUGACCAGCCCCUCCCCAUCACGUCGACUCAAGGACAACGGGCUGAAAUCGAGAGCGCGUUCUCCCCAGCAGGCCUGAGAAUGAGUGGGAAUCAGGGACACUUGGGCCGGGAUGUAGAUCAGGUUUGCCCACUUGCUUGAGAAAAGACGUUCCAGUGAGGAACCCUGAUCCCUCGGCCCCACACGCCCAACCAAUUGGCCCGACACUGCCCACCCCUCAGGGUGUCACCAUGGAAAUUUCUAGCUCAGGGUGCUUUUAAACGUGGAUUGUUUAAGUAAGUUCUCCAGGUCCCACCGAGAGGGUGGGUCAGACCCCAGUGGGAAGAGAAAUAAAAUUUCCUUCAGGUUUUUCAAUCAUGCAGAGGGGUGUUUUAAUCAGCCUCAAAGGAUGGUUUGCUUCUUGACCCUAAAAUCCUUCCAGCCUUCUCCUGCUUGGUCCGUUGAUUAAAAUACCUCUACUCUCGUGCCCUGACAUAGCCUCUUCCUAUAUUCACACGAAUUGUUUUAUCUGUACUGCUACCAGAAAAAGUGGGAACCAGUGCAUUGCUUUGCUUAUGUUAUUGAUUCAAAGGAGCAGACACACCAGCAUCUAUAGUUUAUUAUCCCACUCCUUCCCUAACCAACCAAUAGGAACAGCAAGGAAUAAAGAAUGGGGGAAAAAUAUGAUUAAAAUAUAUAGUAAUCCACGUUUAAAAGGAGUGCCCUUAUGGCUGAUCUAGUCCAGAUCACCAUCUUGAAAAAUUGGCGCAAUUAAAAUUUUCUCCGCUCUGUCGGGACUUCCCCACCAAGAUUCCCUGCCCCAUUCGCGUCCUUCUACCCAUCUAGGUGCACAUGGGUGGUACUGAAUGCUCAGCGGGAUAGGGGCUGACCACUGUACUGUCCCUGAUUCCCAUCAUUCUCAGGCAGAUUUUAUAUUUUUUUAAAGUCUAUUUUAAUGAUUGGAUAUGAGCACUGGGAAGGGGACAUGACUCCCCUUGAUAAAGUCUCAGUUCCAUGGAGGACUUGAGUGGCCCCAAAGGCUGCCACUGUGCCCUCACUCCAGCCCAUGUGCUCCUAUAAGGGCUGGUUCCCAGAGGCAGGGGUUGCGGGGCACUCCCCCCCCACGGCACUGUUCCCUUGGUGGUGGUGGGAUGUGGAACCCAACCCUGAGCUCCCGGUAAAGCUGAAGCCCGUCAUCUGGCAUGUAUUACGAAUAUUCAGUAAAUUGGAGAGUAUUUGCUUCUGUUUUUAUCCUCGAGGCAUAUUUAACCGAUGGCUUCUGCCUCCGUCAAUCAUUGGCAUGACCAAAGUUGUGCCUGAAAACAAAAUUCAAAAUACCAGCAGCAUUAUGCACAAAAGGGGUAAAUAACCUUAAUUUAUUAAUUUACUAGGCUCAAUAAGAUCCCGUUGGAAGUUCAGCCCUUAUGGAAGACGGCAGCCAUCAGUUAAAUGAGGUUAGGCCUCCCCUCCGAAUACACUGAUUGUCAAUGCAUAUUAGCCAGGUGGUGCACUUUAGCUACCUUGGACAAUGCUAUCAAGUGUGCUGGGAAGGGAGGAAGGCCUCUCUGCAUGUGGAAAAGCCCAUGCGUGGAGUCCCCUCCUUCCAACACUGCCACAACGACAGUAGUAAUAACGAGACAACCAUGACACGUGGGCGGAGUCAGUCAGGUAAUGCUGUGCGCGAAGUAAACUACCUCAAGGUAUGAAGUUACCUCAGCAAUUACUUUCCUUUUUGUUCCCCCCACCUUUUUUUUUUAACCUUUUUUUUUUCUUUGCGGCUUGCUGAUAUUUUAUAUAAAAAAAGAAAAGAAAAGCAAAAGAGAAGCUGAUAGUCUUGAAUAUUUUAUUUUUUUAAUGAAAAGAAAAAAAACGAGAAAGUUAUGUUUCAUAAUUUCUUACAACAUGAGCCAGUGUAAGCCUUUAGGAUCUCUCUAUGGAGAACAGGCCCUGUGGGCAAGGCAGGAGGGGCUGGCUCUUUGGGAGGAGACUGGGGCUGCGCAGGCCCAAGGUUGAGAGAGCCCGGGGGAGGCCCUGAUCUCUGACUCCCGGAUUCCUACGCCACUGGGGCCUCUCUCUUGAUCUCCUGCCUGUUGGGAUUCAGAGACCUAGCAGAGCUGUAGGCCUCCAGGGGCAAACAACAGUCCCCAGCAACCGGCCCCUGGCAUCCGCCCCCUCUCUCCCUUUUUGGUUAAAGGGCAUCCCAGCCAGUUUUCCCCACCAGUGGUGCUGUUGAGAUAUUUUAAAAUAUUGCCUCCGUUUUAUCGAGGAGUGAAAUAAUAACUAAAAAAUAUACCCAUUAAAAAAAAAAACCCUCUAUUUCUCUGUUUAGAAAUAUGGGAGCCAGAUUCCGUUGGUGGAAGAGACAAAGCUGCUCUCUCACCCUCAGAGAGGUCCGCCUGGUUUGUCAUUGCAAUCUUUUUCCUUCUUCUUCUUCUUCUUCUUCUUUUUUUUUUUUUUUGUUAUUUUCAUUUCAGUCCCAUCUUGCUAUUCUUUUUUGGUCUAUAUCAACAGACCAAGGAGCAGACAGACACUCGGAUGCCUGCUCCCCUGUCUCCUCUAUCUUCUUUAGAUUGAUCUGAUUGAUUUUAACAGUGGACCCAAACUAAAGGAAUUCCUAAUUUAGGGUGGUGGGUGGCCAGGAGGGGUAGGAGUUAUGGGAAUGUGAUUGGGGACAGGUUCCUGCCUCGCUCAUGUCUUAUCCCUUUGUCCCCAUGACAUUCCUUUUUAACCUCCAGAACGGUCUACCCCAAAGAGAGGAGGAUGCAGGAGAGCGUUUAGGGGUAAUAUCAGGCCAAUCUAAUUUGAGCUUCCCACCUGUCCUAACCCACAAAAAAAGGGGGGGUCUCCCAACUUCCAUCUCUGGCUCUCUAUGCUUUAUCCCAAAAUGAAGCAGAUAACGUUCAGACAUCGGCCAUUUGGUGAUUUAAGGUGAAUUUCCAACAGCAAGCAUGCUUUAAUAUCUGGUUCAGAUUACCAGCAGGAAAAAAACAAAAACCACCCACAGUACCUGAAAUGUGAUUGUUGCAGUGUUCAGUUUCCUUGGGAUCCUGCUCCCUUCACACCUUAAGCCCACGUCCUUUUCCUUUGGCUGGUUCAGCUCCCAGAAGAGAUCAGGAAGUGUGGCGAGGGACUAUCCAAUAUGAGUUGAAUUAGCACGGCUCCACUCAUUGCUGACAUUUGCCCAGCAGGAAGGUUGUGAAAGUUACCCUACCAGAAGCAGAAGGAAUAUGGUUUGGUGGUUAAAGUUUAGGGGAGAUAAGGACCUGUCUUGGUGGGCCCACCUUUGACCCUGAGGCUAGGCUAGGUCUUGGGCCAGUUCCUUGUCCUCCCACACAUCACCUCCAUUUCCCCAUCCUUGGUGAGAGAAGUCAACGUGAAAAGCACUUGGGAGAUUUGGAGGAUCUGAGAAAAGCGACUUUUAAAAAACCACUUCUUAUACUCGAAGAUUAUAUAUAUGUGUGUGUGUGUGUGAGCGCUACAUAUAAAUUUUUAAGAAAGGACCAUCUCUUUAGGAUCUAUUUUUUAAUUCUGUGGAACACACAAAAAACCAAAAUGGUUUGAUUUACUAACUUAGAAGUUGCAUCUGACAGUUACACCCCGAUGGCUUUAAUCCCCUCUAGGGUCUGGUUGCCUUUUGCAGUUUGGACUGUGGACUCAACUCCUCGGAGGGGUCUGGGUAGGAGAGAGCUGAGUGGAGGGACAGGGAAUUUUAUCCCCUGCUGCUCUCUCCCCCCCCUCCCAGUCCCUUGUCAGUCUUUAUUCCUUUUCUCAUGAGCUCUCCACUUCCAGGGGGGUGGUUGGGAGCUAUGAGGUACGCCUCACUACUGCAGCAAAGACCCCGUGUAAAACCCAGAGAACACUGGGGGGGGGGGGGGACACUCCAGGUGGCUCUGUGUCCGUUUUCCUCUGUGCCAAAGACAGACAGACAGAGGCUGAGAGAGGCCGCUUCUGAAUCAAAGCAGUAGCCAUCUUUCGACAUAGACUUGGGCUCUCUGAGAGGGGCUCCUGGAGACAGUGUGAGCUAAAGACGCGUCCUUUCCCUUCUGAGGCUCCUGGGGGACGUGGGGGCGGGACUUGCCAAGGGGUAGGGAGCUGAGAAAGGGGUCCGUUGGCUCCUGGUUGCACUUUGGGGAAGGGGGGAAAGUUUGGGGCCCCUCCACGUUGGACUGCUCUCCGUCCCCUGCCCCCACUGCAGAGAUAGCACGGCGAGUUCCCUUCAGGCCUGGCAGACUGGCAGCGAGGAGGGGCCUCAGUUAGCUCUCAAGGGUGCCUUCCCCUCCUCCCACCCCAGACAUACCCUCUGCCAAACUGGGAACCAGCAGUGUUUCGUAACUACCUCACAGAGCCCCAGAGGGACCGCCCGAGCUUCCAGUUCGUGAAGAAGCUGGCACCUCUAGUCAAUCCUUUCCUCCCACCUCCCAUCCAGGGGUGGCGGGAGAUCCUAGUGGCUUUGGCAUUCAAACCAUGCAACUGUUUGGCCUGUUUGUUGAAAACCGGUAGAAGGAAGACAGCACAGCCUAACAUAAAGUAAUUGCAGGAAGAUGGAAGACAAACCCUCAGUGCCAGGGGGACAUAAAGCCAUUUCCCUUCCAAACCCUCGAUGACUUCGAUGCAGAACAUUUCUCUUGUAUUCAGACUUGGAGUAACACCAGCUGAAAGCUUCGGUUUCUUUCCUUUGGAUACAGAAGGCUUCUCUAUCGGGGUACAGGGCAGGGAGGAGACCUCGUGACCGAAGGUGGAGGUAGAGGGUGAGGGCCAGAUCCCAACCUUGACCCUCGGGCCCAUGCACCUCCUUGGGGCACAGCCUGAUGAUGGCACCCUUUGUAGGGUGCCUUAGUAUGGUUGAAUCCGGACUGACAAGACAUGAAAGAAUUUUUUUUUUUUUUUUCUGAAAUGAACUAGCAGGAAGCUGCUCGGGAGCACGUGUUUUGAGUAACCACAGGUGAUGGAUGCUACGAGUAGAAAUGGAUUAACUACCUCAAUCCUUACAAUAAGAUUGGAACCAAGGGCGGGGACUCGUGCAUGAGGGUAUGAAUCCCAGCCAGGAGAAGUGAGUUGAGGCUUAUGCCAGAAAAGGUUUGUUCUUGAGGAACAGGCAGGCCUGCCAGGAUCCCCCCACUCCUGUCAAUGGGGCUGGGAGGUCUGGCAAUUAAGCACCCCCUUUCUGCCUUCCUUGCCCUGGGGUCCAAUGUCACCCCUUUCCCUUCAGCCUGCUCCCGCUGCCCCCACUUGCUCUAUCUUGUUGGACCAGAGAGGCUGGCUGGGGGUGAAGUCGGGGCUUGGGCCUGGAACCCAUCACUCAGCCCUAGCGUCAGGAAGCCUGAGGAAGCCAGAGUUCAGACCUCUUCAGGGUUUCUCUGAGAUGCUCUGCCUCCAUUGUACCCCCUUCUCUGUCUUCACGGGGACAGUUGGCUCUAGAAGAAGAGGUGGUGCAGGAUCCUUUGUCCUGAGAGAGUCCAAGGCCCCGUCCUCUGGUCGCUCAGGCGUGUUUGUAGUCGGGGAGUCCACUGGGCGGUCCCAGCCCCUCCCCACCC